AUGAAAAAACCAGAAACUUUCUCUCGCAAGUCUGACAGAGUCAAAUUUAACCCAAAUGAUAUCCUCAAGGAUCUGCAAGAUAUAUAUGGGACUGUCCACUAUAGAUUAGCAAAAAUCAGCACCAAACACUAUCGCCAGAAACCAAAAAAGCUAAAAAUGAAAUCAAGUUCAAGAAGUCUUGAUGGUGUGCUUGGAUUAGCUUCAUUUAUAAGAGAAAUAGAAGGAUUGACGCCAGUAUCUCCUAAUUCUACUCCCUGCAGGGCUGCAACUCACUUGAAGAUCGCCAAGUUUAUAUAUCAAGACAUAACCAGUCAUAGCUAA